CUGGGGCGGGGGGCUGAGCGCGGCUCCGCCGGCCCCUGCCCGCAACGCCGCGGAGCCGCAUCGGGUCCGGCCGGGCAGCGGCCGCGCUGUCCGGAGCCGGCGGUGUCCGGGCUGCCGCGUCCUCCAGGGCAGAGGGGCAGGUACGGUCCCGGGCCCCUGCCGUGCCUGCGGCUCUGCCUGCCCGCUCCCGCUCUGCUGCGAGGCACCUUCUCCCCGCGGAGCUGCUUGAACGUACCGUGAGCUGCCUCAGUGCCCGUGUCAGCCUAAAAUGACUCUGUGAAUUCAGUGGAAUAAAUGGCGUCCAAAGUAACUGAUGCUAUAGUUUGGUACCAGAAAAAGAUUGGAGCAUAUGAUCAACAAAUAUGGGAAAAAUCAGUAGAGCAAAGAGAAAUAAAGGGUUUGAGAAACAAACCAAAGAAAACAGGACAUGUGAAACCAGACCUCAUAGAUGUUGAUCUUGUAAGAGGAUCUGCUUUUGCUAAAGCAAAACCUGAAAGUCCUUGGACAUCUUUGACCCGCAAAGGAAUCGUGAGAGUUGUUUUCUUUCCAUUCUUCUACAGGUGGUGGCUCCAAGUGACAUCAAGGGUCAUUUUUUUCUGGCUGCUUGUUCUUUACCUUCUCCAAGUUGCUGCUGUAGUGCUAUUCUAUACAGCCCAAAGCCCACAUAAUAUACCUCUGACUGAAGUCAUUGGGCCAAUAUGGCUCAUGUUGCUGCUUGGGACUGUGCACUGUCAGAUUGUUUCAACACGAACUCCUAAGCCACCUCCCAGCACAGGGGGUAAAAGAAGAAGGAAAUUAAGGAAAGCAGCACAUUUGGAAGUACAUAGGGAAGGAGAUGGCUCUAGUACCACAGAUAACACACAGGAGGGAACAGUGCAGAGCUACGGUACAAGCACCUCUUGCAGUAUUGGCGCUGUCUUCAGAGAUAUCUGGCAUGCUGCUUUCUUUUUAUCAGGAUCUAAGAAAGCAAAAAACUCAAUAGAUAAAUCCACUGAAACUGAUAAUGGCUACGUGUCCCUUGAUGGGAAAAAGCCAGGUAAAGGCAGUGAAGAAGGUGUGCAGGGCCAUGAACGUCGGUGUGAAGUGAUUAGGCCGGAAGAGACAGGGUGGAGCCCUUCCACAGUGAGAGAUGCCCUGAGCAACCACAGUCACCACAAAGAUACUCACAGGACUGUGACAAAUUUAUCAGAUGAAGUUUCUAGUGAGGAAGGGCCUGAGACUGGCUAUUCUUUACGCCGCAAUGCAGAACGCACUUCUAGCGACUGUACACUUCGGAACAGGAAAUCUCACCAUUACAAGAAACACUACCCUCUGGAGGAUACACCUAAAUCAGGUACCAGCUGCAGUUCCCGGUGCUCAAGCUCCAGACAAGACUCAGAGAGUACAAGGCCAGAGUCAGAGACAGAAGAUGUGCUGUGGGAGGACCUGCUGCACUGUGCUGAGUGCCACUCGUCCUGUACCAGCGAGACAGACGUGGAAAGCCCCCAGGUGAACCCGUGUGUGAAGAAGGAAUUCAGAGAUGACCCAUUUCAUCAGAGUCAUUUGCCUUGGAUCCACAGUUUGAAUCCAGGACUAGAAAAAAUAAGUGCAAUUGUAUGGGAGGGUAAUGACUGCAAGAAAGCAGAUAUGUCUGUACUUGAAAUCAGUGGUAUGAUAAUGAACAGAGUGAACAGCCAUAUACCAGGAAUUGGAUAUCAGAUUUUUGGAAAUAUCAUAUCUUCAAUCUUGGGUUUAAUGCCCUUUGUCUUUCGACUUUUUCAAGCUAAAGAUUUAGAACAACUGGCUGCACAUUCUGCCACUGAGCUUUGCAUGACUGCAUUUGGAUCAGAUGGAGAUGUUCUGGUUCUCUCAAUGGUUAUUAUAAGUUUUGUGGUCCGGGUGUCUCUAGUGUGGAUUUUCUUUUUUCUGCUCUGUGUAGCAGAGAGAACAUAUAAACAGAGGCUGCUUUUUGCUAAACUUUUUGGUCAUCUAACAUCUGCCAGAAGGGCAAGAAAAUCGGAGGUACCUCACUUUCGCUUAAAGAAAGUACAGAAUAUAAAAAUGUGGCUUUCUCUCAGGUCCUAUCUAAAGCGUCGAGGUCCUCAGCGCUCAGUGGAUGUAAUAGUUUCAUCUGCCUUCCUACUGACUAUCUCAGUUGUGUUUAUCUGUUGUGCACAGAUAAACUUGUACUUGAAAAUGGAGAAAAAGCCUAAUAAGAAGGAGGAACUGACACUAGUGAACAAUGUUUUAAAACUUGCUACUAAGUUAUUGAAGGAACUGGACAGUCCCUUUAGGUUAUAUGGGCUUACAAUGAAUCCACUGCUUUAUAACAUCACCCAAGUUGUCAUCUUGUCAGCUGUUUCUGGUGUCAUCAGUGACUUGCUUGGAUUUAAUCUAAAGCUCUGGAAGAUCAAAUCUUGACAGUAUAGAAAGAAGAUGAAAUAACACAGUGUUACAGAAAAGGUCAUUGAUGGACAAAACUGCCUCACAGCAGCCACUGAAGCUGUAUUUCAGAAGCUACAACCUCUUCAAGGAAGUAAUUUGGAAAAUGGAAGUGUUUACAUCUGUCUUGUGCAAUCUUUGUAUUUAUUUCAUCUUCUCACUGGUUUAUGUUAGUUUUAGUUGACAUUUAUGUUUUAUUUUCAAAUUACUUGCUUUGUUCUGGAAAGGGUCAAAUUUAGGAAGGGUCAAAAACUGUGUGUCUGAGAGUUUGAAAUCCUGAAAUACGAUCACACUAAAUUGCUCUGUCUGUUGUUAAAGCUAAGCCAAUGCUGAACAUUUUUAGUUACCAGUAACACUAUAUGGAAGUCAUUUGAUUUUUGAUAGUGUGGUAAAAUUGCUUAGAAUAUUUAAUUUGCACCAGUCAUUUAUGAAGACAAUGUCAAUAGAUGUUUGGUUGCAAUAGAAAAGUGAGACGUACUCAAAAAAUAAAGUACUGACAAUACAGUAUGACAGGUAGCAAAAAUGUUUUAUAAUACUAUUAGAAAUAAUUUCUAAUAUUUUGAGUAAUUCCAGGAUCUAAACUCAUACAGGCUGCAGUUUAAAUAUCCUGGGAUAUUAAAAAGGUAUUAUAUAAGAAGUCAACAAGUGUUCUUUGAUAACACAUUUAUUAGAGCAAUAAUUGUAAAUGGUUACCAUGCUGUAUGAUAUUUUGAUAAAAAUUAAAUAUUGUAUUUAUUUGAAAUACUGGGCUGUUCUUCGCAGCUCUGACUGUGCAUGUGCACUUUUUAUUGUUACUUUUAAUGAGAAACUUUAUACAUAUAAAUGUAUAUUAAUUGGGAUAUAUUAUGGUGAACUAUGGAGCAGUAUGUAUUAUAUGUUGAAGUUGAAUAUUUAAACAGGCAAAUUAUUUACUGGUGAAAGGAAUGCUUUGAAUAACUGAGCAAAAGAUAGAUAGAUAGAUGCUCUCCUCUUGUACACUAUAGUAUAUGCCAUUCAUACCACAUUGAAGUUUAAGAACAAUUAAAUACAAAGAACAAGUUGCUCUGGUGAGCAGCAGAGCUGCAGAGCCUGGGAUUUGGCAGGUUUGUGUCUUGAAAUAACUCCCAUUCCUCCCCAGCAGGUGUCAUUCCCAUGUGCUUUCUGCUGGGGUUUCUAACACCUCUCCCUCUGCCUCCCACAAGGACCAGUCAUAUUGACUCGUGGUUCUUCAGUGUGACAAAAAUAAUGUGUCCAUCCCUGUGAAAUUAAGUGAGUUGUAACAAACUUUCCUUCUACAAAUUAUUCUGGGAGGAUUAAUAAUACCACGAGGCACAAGUAUUCUUAUAUUUUCUGUUUCUAAAAUACUGGCUUCAUACGGAAAAAUGACAAGUAAUUGUUUGUUAAUGUUCAGAAUCUUGCAAGAUUGGAAGUAUUGAGUCUUAAACUUAUGUGGUAUAAAAAUAUUUUUAUAUAUAAAGCAACACAAACAAGCAUUUUGUAUUUUAUUUGCCUCUGUACUAAUGUUUAAUAAUGACCAAAGUGCAUUCUGGUUUUUGGAAGAAUGUAUUACUGGAGCUUUAAGAACAUACUAUAUUUAGUUUCUCAUGUGAAAACUUCAGCUGCCUCUGAUCUGUUUCUCCUUUCUCUGUUGUUUGACGUUGGGAUUGUUUUUAAAAAUUAAGUACAUUUUAUACACAGUUUUUUCCAAAUUAUGGUACAGACCUACACAGAACUUAAUUUUGCACAAAAUAUCUAAAAAAAAAAAAAAAAAAAAAAAAAGAACAGCAGGAGUUCUAUGGGUGAUAAAAGAUAAGGCUGUUGCUUUUUACAGCCUGUCAUUAACACCAAGAAGAAAAGAAGAAAACCAUUCUUUAGUCUAGAGUGGAAUUAUUUUUAGAAAUGUGAAAUAGUGACUAUAUGGCUUUCAUUACUUUAAAAAAAAAGGGUGAGGGAAACACAGCAAUUUGGGUUGAAGGUGGAAUUAGUUUAACCACGUAUACCUCAGCAACUAGCACUGUGCGGUUUGUUGCACUAACAAAUGGCGGCUUGGGGAAAGUAAAACAUUUGUGAAAUGAAAUUAAAAAUAAUAAAAACCUUUAUUUGCUACCCUUAGGUAUAUUCAUUAUGUUAAAAAUGAGAGAGGUUUAUUCUCCAUUCCUCAAUGUGGAAAGUCCAGUAUAAGAAUAGAGGCAAGUAGAAAUAUGGCAGAUCUUGCAUUGUUAACUGUUAUUUUUUUGCCACGUGUUUUGUAACUGAAAGUGUGAUCAGGCUUGGAAUAAAGCUUUCUAUGGCUGAUGGUAAAAAAAGAAAAAAAAAAGCAGUGAGCUGUGUCUUUAG